GCCAGCCAGGCAGAUAGCCACUUGGUAGGAGAGAGACACGCACCGGACAGUGGAUACUCGUAUAGGCUACUGUGUAUAGGCCAACGCGCUCUGCUUCAGCCUUCGUAUGAAACUAACUUUCCCCAGCAACAUAAAUGCACCAAUAAAGAAAGGUGUGUCCUGUGAGGACCAGUUAGAGGUAUGGUGGGCGUGGUUGGCCCCGUAACCAUGGCGACGUCUCUGUGGGAGGUUGUGUCCCUUCCUCCCGUUGGUCUACUGCUGCUCCUCUGCCUGCCACUCUGUCUAUGCCAGCAGCCAUUGGUCAACUUUGAGAGCCCGUCCCCGCCCCUACCGGAGUGUAGCAGGAAAGUUCAUCCCAUCGUCCCAUACAAAGCAUUGAGUCCCUGGAUGUCAGGAUUCUCUCUUCCCGGAGUGAAGGACUUUUCCCAGCUGACCCUUGACCUGACCAGAAACCAGCUGAUUGUGGGAGCUAGAAAUCACCUCUUCAGACUGAGUCUCAGUAAUGCUUCUCUCCUACAGGCAGUAGAAUGGGGACCAGAUGAAGACACCAAGCGGUCGUGUCAGAGCAAAGGAAAGACAGAGGAUGAGUGUCAGAACUACAUCCGGGUCCUGCUCAUCACCGGGAGGCGGAUCUUUACCUGUGGAACCAACGCCUUUACCCCCGUCUGCACCACCCGGCAGAUAGGAAACAUCAGUCGGGUGAUGGACACGGUGAACGGGGUGGCGAGAUGCCCCUACGACCCGCGUCACAACUCCACUGCCAUGGUAACAGAGAAGGGUGAACUCUACGCCGCCACUGUCAUCGACUUCUCGGGUCGUGACCCCGUCAUCUACCGUAGCCUUGGUAACAUGCCGCCGCUGCGAACAGCCCAGUACAACUCCAAAUGGCUCAACGACCCUCACUUUAUCUCAGUCUAUGAGGUGGGUCUCUUCACCUAUUUCUUCCUGAGAGAGAACGCAGUCGAACACGACUGCGGUCGGACCGUGUUCUCCCGGGUCGCCCGGGUCUGUAAGAACGACGUGGGCGGUCGCUUCCUAUUGGAGGACACUUGGACUACGUUCAUGAAGGCGCGGUUGAACUGCUCGCGGUCAGGAGAGAUCACCUUCUACUACAAUGAGCUGCAGAGCACCUUCUAUCUGCCCGAACAGGACCUCAUCUACGGCAUCUUCACCACCAACGUGAACAGCAUCUCUGCGUCAGCUGUGUGUGCUUUCAACCUCAGCGCCAUCACCCAGGCUUUCAACGGACCGUUCCGUUACCAGGAGAACCCUCGUACAAGCUGGCUCUCCAUCCCCAACCCCAUCCCCAACUUCCAGUGUGAUACCCUGGAGGAGCAUGGUCCAGGGGAGAACCAGACGGAGCGCAGCCUGCAGGACGCCCAGCGUCUCUUCCUCAUGUCUGACGUGGUGCAGCCCGUCUCCACCGACCCCCUCCUGUACCAGGACAACAUCCGUUUCUCCAAGCUGGUGGUGGACAUCGUGCAGGGCCGAGACACCCUCUACCACGUCAUGUACAUCGGCACUGAAUACGGCACCAUCCUGAAGGCCCUCUCCACGACCAAUAAAAGCAUGCGGGGGUGUUACCUGGAAGAGAUGAGGCUCCUCCCCGAGGGCGAAAGCGAGCCAAUCAAGAGCCUUGAAAUCCUCCACAGUGAUAGGUCGUUGUUUGUGGGGCUUAGCGACAGGGUGCUGAAGAUCCCACUGGAAAGAUGCUCCAGCUACAAAACUGAAGGGCACUGCCUGGACGCCCGAGACCCCUACUGUGGCUGGGACCGUAAGCAGAAGCGAUGCACCACCAUCGAGGACAGCUCCAACAUGAGCCAGUGGAGCCAGAAUAUCACUGAGUGCCCGGUAAGGAACCUGACCCAGGACGGCGGCUUCAGCCCCUGGGCGCCAUGGCAACCCUGUAACCACGACGACAGGGAGGGCGCCAGCACCAGUUGCGCGUGUCGCUCACGCUCUUGUAACAGUCCAGUCCCUCAGUGUGGAGGCUCCAACUGCAAGGGCCCCACCAUCCAGGUGGCCAACUGUUCCAGGAACGGAGGCUGGACCCCCUGGUCCUCCUGGGGUCAGUGCAGCACCAGCUGUGGCAUCGGGUACGAGGUGCGCCAGCGCUCCUGCAACAACCCCUCACCCCGGCAUGGGGGGCGUGUCUGUGUGGGACAAGGCCGAGACGAGAGGCUGUGCAAUGAGAAGAGCCCAUGUCCCCUGCCUGUGUUCUGGUCGUCUUGGGGCUCCUGGUCUCAGUGCAGUGCAGAGUGUGGAGGAGGGGUCCACUCCCGGGUCAGGAGCUGUGAGAAGGGGAACACCUGCCCAGGAUGUGCUCUGGAAUACAAGACCUGUAACCUGGAGGCGUGUCCGGAGGUCCGUCGCAACACCCCCUGGACCCCCUGGAUGCCGGUGAAUGUGACCCAGGACGGAGCCCGCCAGGAGCAGAGGACCCGCUACACCUGCAGGGCCCUCCUUCCAGACCCUCAUCAGCUGCAGCUGGGCAAGAAGAAGGUGGAGACCCGCGUCUGCCCCAACGACGGCACCGCCACCUGUGAGACUGAAGCUCUGGUUGAAGACUUGGUCAGGACCAGUGGAGGAGGCAGUAGUGGUCGACCUUUGCUCCGACAACCAGGUGGCACCAGGUGGUCGCCGUGGGAGACAUGGUCGACCUGCUCCCAGGAGUGUGCCAAAGGCUUCCGCACGCGCAAGCGUACCUGUGCCUCAGCCGAGGGCAAGAGCAGCCCCAGUGCCUGUAGUGGAUCCCCAGUGGAGUACCAGGACUGCAACUCCCAGGACGGUAACUCCCAGCCCUGCCCAGUGAAAGGAACCUGGUCGUGCUGGGCGUCAUGGUCUCACUGCUCUGCCACAUGUGGAGGUGGGCACUACCAGCGUACCCGUACCUGUAGCAACCCUGCCCCCGCCCACGGAGGUGACAUCUGCAUCGGCCUGCACACUGAAGAGGCCCUGUGCAACACACACACCUGUGAAGGUGGCUGGCUGGUGUGGUCAGAGUGGGGGGAGUGUGACGAGGAGGGGCUGCAGCAUCGCAGCAGGGAGUGUGGGGAACGGGAGGCAGACCCCAGCCUGUGUCAGGGCAAUGCCACCGCGAGCAGGCCCUGCCAGCCCCCCGAGGUGCCAGUCAUUCUGCCUGGACAGGAUAACGAUCAGCGUUGUGGGGCCUUCUCUCUAUUCCACCUGAUGGCCACGGGAGUGUUGUGUUUCUUUGCAGCCGUGGGGCUGUCGGUCCUGGUCUACGCCUACUGCCAACGACUCCACAAGCCCUCCCAGGAGUCAGCCGUCAUCCACCCCACCACACCCAACCACCUCAGCUAUAAGGGCAACACGACGCCAAAGAACGAGAAGUACACCCCCAUGGAGUUCAAGACGCUGAACAAGAACAACCUUCUCCCGGACGAGAGCUGCAACUUCUUCCCCUCGUCCCUCUCACCCCUCCCCUCCCUCCCCCAGAAUAACGUUUACACCACCACCUACUACCCUGCACCCCUGGGCAAAUACGACCACCCCUUCCAUCCCGACUCACCUUGCAGGAACUAUAUGCACCACAGUUGAGACAGGACCCCCCCCCCUCCAACUCUCUUCUCUAUGGGAAGUUGGAAACACUCCUGCACCCCAGACCCUUCACCGUUUCCUCUCCUCUCCUCUCCUCAAUUGAGUGUGUACUCUGCUACAGUGAGGGGGAGCUGUGUUAACGACCGGGCAGACCCUUGAACUGGGUGUGUCCUCUCAAGGUCUGAACCAUGCACGUUCUUCUCAAUCACCAGUGCAGACGGAGGUUGAACUGUCCCUGUCAACCAACAGGACAAUCAUUCCGUAUCAUUGUGACUGUUCAGUUGAUAUGACUGUUUUAUGACGUUGUUUUUCUACUCUACUGUGCAGUACAGCAACUCAUCUCAAGACAAGGAAGUAGACUGGACCAUGUGGAAUGCUGGGAGUUGGAGUCUUAUGAGGGAGCUGGGCUGUAGCAGCCUUAUGGUUCAGUAUGGAGAUUCACUACUUGUGGAAUCUGUUCUAAAACAACACUGUUAAAAGUCUCCUGUAAAAUCCUACGGUAUCAGAUCAUGUAUAUCACAAAAACCCACAGACUUCACAUUUGAUCUGAGGAGAAUAUAAGACAUUGUGGCUGGUUUGUAUUUGAUAUAGAUGGCAAAGUCAACCGUUUCCAAAGGAUACCGUACCGGAAAAUGCUGACCAAGACACCUUCCAGCUCUAAAAACCGACUUAAUGACGGUGAAAAUGCAGAACUCAAUGACACUGACAGUAUGGGCACGUUUGUCAUGCUCCUGCUCACCAACUUGUUUCUCCUGUCUGUUUGGACACACUGCAUCAGAACAGCCUCAUGGUCAGGUGCUCCCGCAGUGUGGACUAACAGAGAGGGGCUGGUACUGCUUUCAUCUGAGCAGCCCAAGGACUCCUGGAUUGCGUCCCAAAUGGCACCUUAUUUCCUAUAUAGUGCACUACUUUUGACUAGAGCCCAAUGGGCCCUGGUUGAAAGGAGUGCACUGGUUGAAAGGAGUGCACUAUGUAGGGAAUAGGAAGCCAAAUGGGACGUGACCAUGGCCUCUGAAGGGGUUUAGAAUCCUGUAACUACCUGCACCGACACCCAAAAAUGACAAUGACGGAGAUUCAGAGUCAACGUAAAAGGAGCCAUUUUGAGAAAAAGACAUGUAUUUUGAACAACCCAGAUACUCAGCUAAGGCUCAGCAAUACUGUCUCACCACUCUCAUCCCUUCAAAUGGAUAGCUGUCUCACCACCCUCAUCCCUUCAAAUGAAUAGCUGUCUCACCACCCUCAUCCCUUCAAAUGGAUAGCUGUCUCACCACUCUCAUCCCUUCAAAUGGAUAGCUGUCUCACCACCCUCAUCCCUUCAAAUGAAUAGCUGUCUCACCACCCUCAUCCCUUCAAAUGGAUAGCUGUCUCACCACCCUCAUCCCUUCAAAUGGAUAGCUGUCUCACCACCCUCAUCCCUUCAAAUGGAUAGCUGUCUCACCACCCUCAUCCCUUCAAAUGGAUAGCUGUCUCACCACCCUCAUCCCUUCAAAUGGAUACCUGUCUCACCACCCUCAUCCCUUCAAAUGGAUAAAUGGAUGCAUCCAAUUGGAAAUGUCUAUGGAUGUGGAAAAUGAUCUGUAUACCAAACCUUGACGUGAAGCAUGAUGAAUACAGUUGGUCUGUAAGGGCACUGUUUCAUCAUCAUGCCGAAGGGAAAUGUGUUUGCCAUGUUGGUAUGAUGAAAUGUGUAUUGAAUGGUGGCAGAUAAGGUCAUCACCUGGAUUACAAUACUGGAUCACUCAGCACUGCUUCCACUGGAUCACAAUACUGGAUCACUCAGCACCUCUUCCACUGGAUCACAAUACUGGAUCACUCAGCACCUCCUCCACUGGAUCACAAUACUGGAUCACUCAGCACCUCCUCCACUGGAUCACAAUACUGGAUCACUCAGCACCUCCUCCACUGGAUCACAAUACUGGAUCACUCAGCACCUCCUCCACUGGAUCACAAUACUGGAUCACUCAGCACCUCCUCCACUGGAUCACAAUACUGGAUCACUCAGCACCUCCUCCAGUGGAUCACUCAGCACCACUUCCACUGGAUCACAAUACUGGAUCACUCAGCACCUCCUCCACUGGAUCACAAUACUAGAUUACUCAGCAUCACUUCCACUGGAUCACAAUACUGGAUCCCAUUACUGGAUCACUCAGCACUGCUUCCACUGGAUCACAAAACAUCACUUCCACUGGAUCACAAUACUGGAUUACUCAGCAUCACUUCCACUGGAUCACAUUACUGGACCACAAUACUGGAUCACAUUACUGGACCACAUUACUGGAUCAUGUUAUGGUAAUCAUCUGCAGAAGAAGAUAUUAACACCAGCCAUACUGUGUGUGUGUGUGUGUGUGUGUGUGUGUGUGUGUGUGUGUGUGUGUGUGUGUGUGUGUGUGUGUGUGUGUGUGUGUGUGUGUGUGUGUGUGUGUGUGUGUGUGUGUGUGUGUGUGUGUGUGUGUGUGUGUGUGUGGGCCAUUCAUUGUUGUACAUGUUACUGUGAGUGUGGAGAGUAUCAAUGUGAUGGUAUUAGAGUAGUGAUGAUCAACUCCUAUCUCUUCCAGUCACAUUCAAGUUGUUCAUGUUACAGAUCUGAGCCCCAUAUAAGCUGAUGGUAGGACAUCUUCACCUAAAUGAUACUGAGCUGAUGGUAGGACAUCUUCACCUAAAUGAUACUGAGCUGAUGGUAGGACAUCUUCACCUAAAUGAUACUGAGCUGAUGGUAGGACAUCUUCAACAAAAUGAUACUGAACUGAUGGUAGGACAUCUUCAACUAAAUGAUACUGAGCUGAUGGUAGGACAUCUUCACCUAAAUGAUACUGAGCUGAUGGUAGGACAUCUUCACCUAAAUGAUACUGAGCUGAUGGUAGGACAUCUUCACCUAAAUGAUACUGAGUCUGGAAGUUUACUGUGAAGGUUCUCAAACUAUUCAUUCUCCAGUCGCUGAAUGCAAAGUCAUGUUUUCUUAAACAGCAAAUCUUAAUUUGUUCAUAGAUGCUGUUCCAUGCUAAAGGCAAUGAAACCUAAAGUCAGUAUGGCUUGUAAAAUGUAUAUUGUAUAACUUUUCUGUGUUUCUAAAGGCUUCUAGUUGUAAAAAUGCAUAUGUUUUGUAAAUAUCAAGAAGGAGAUGGAAGUUUGUACCUGUCAGUAACCUGGAUUUGAUGUGAGUGCCAGUCUGUUUGUGCUGUCAUGCCAACUCCUCAUCACUCAUUGUCACAUGGCUUGACAAUGACCAAUGGGGUUGGCAGGAGCACAAACAGAUCAGGGACAAGGCUAGAUGCUAUGUAGCAUAAUGUUCAUCCCGGAAUGUAGUAAUGACAGAUCUGAGACCAGGUUAGAUGUUAUGUAACAAUGUGCAGCAAUGUAAUGUAGUAAUGACAGAUCUGGGACCAGGCUAGAUGUUAUGUAGAUUAAGGUUCAACCCUGUAAUGUAGUAAUGACAGAUCUGGGACCAGCCUGGAUAUUAUGUAGAUUAAUGUUCAGCCCUGUGAUGUAGUAAUGUAGCCACACAUAGGUUUAGCUGCCAUGGUAUCUGUUACCCUCAAAUCUCAAGAUACAACCCUCUUCAUGUAUUUCAAUGAGUUUAAUUGUGUGUGUGUGUGUGUGUGUGUGUGUGUGUGUGUGUGUGUGUGUGUGUGUGUGUGUGUGUGGGCCAUUCAUUGUUGUACAUGUUACUGUGAGUGUGGAGAGUAUCAAUGUGAUGGUAUUAGAGUAGUGAUGAUCAACUCCUAUCUCUUCCAGUCACAUUCAAGUUGUUCAUGUUACAGAUCUGAGCCCCAUAUAAGCUGAUGGUAGGACAUCUUCACCUAAAUGAUACUGAGCUGAUGGUAGGACAUCUUCACCUAAAUGAUACUGAGCUGAUGGUAGGACAUCUUCACCUAAAUGAUACUGAGCUGAUGGUAGGACAUCUUCAACAAAAUGAUACUGAACUGAUGGUAGGACAUCUUCAACUAAAUGAUACUGAGCUGAUGGUAGGACAUCUUCACCUAAAUGAUACUGAGCUGAUGGUAGGACAUCUUCACCUAAAUGAUACUGAGCUGAUGGUAGGACAUCUUCACCUAAAUGAUACUGAGUCUGGAAGUUUACUGUGAAGGUUCUCAAACUAUUCAUUCUCCAGUCGCUGAAUGCAAAGUCAUGUUUUCUUAAACAGCAAAUCUUAAUUUGUUCAUAGAUGCUGUUCCAUGCUAAAGGCAAUGAAACCUAAAGUCAGUAUGGCUUGUAAAAUGUAUAUUGUAUAACUUUUCUGUGUUUCUAAAGGCUUCUAGUUGUAAAAAUGCAUAUGUUUUGUAAAUAUCAAGAAGGAGAUGGAAGUUUGUACCUGUCAGUAACCUGGAUUUGAUGUGAGUGCCAGUCUGUUUGUGCUGUCAUGCCAACUCCUCAUCACUCAUUGUCACAUGGCUUGACAAUGACCAAUGGGGUUGGCAGGAGCACAAACAGAUCAGGGACAAGGCUAGAUGCUAUGUAGCAUAAUGUUCAUCCCGGAAUGUAGUAAUGACAGAUCUGAGACCAGGUUAGAUGUUAUGUAACAAUGUGCAGCAAUGUAAUGUAGUAAUGACAGAUCUGGGACCAGGCUAGAUGUUAUGUAGAUUAAGGUUCAACCCUGUAAUGUAGUAAUGACAGAUCUGGGACCAGCCUGGAUAUUAUGUAGAUUAAUGUUCAGCCCUGUGAUGUAGUAAUGUAGCCACACAUAGGUUUAGCUGCCAUGGUAUCUGUUACCCUCAAAUCUCAAGAUACAACCCUCUUCAUGUAUUUCAAUGAGUUUAAUGUGUGUGUGUGUGUGUGUGUGUGUGUGUGUGUGUGUGUGUGUGUGUGUGUGUGUGUGUGUUAAAAAUAAAAUUAAAAUAAAUAUUACUGUACAUUCAUCGUUGUGGACACUCACAGGACACAUUCACUUCGUUUUGUCAUCGUGAUUGGACAGGCUGCUGUUGCAUGUUGGAAAAACACCAAUCGGAGGGCUCUGCACCCUUCUACGCAAUCAACCAGGUGGUACUGCUCACAAGUCCUGCUCACAAGUUAUUGCUCUUUUCCAGAACUACAAACAUGGCUGUUGGAUUUGUGAAUUGAGACUUUUUAAUCACUGCCUUUUAGACACUGUGAAUUUUUUGGUACUCUAUAUUUUUGUAUAUUGUACAUUGUAAAAAAUGAAUAAAAAUGUAGUUUGGUGCCAAA